AGCCAGGGCACGUCGGGGGCGGGGCCAGCCCUAGGGCUCACUCACCCUUCCCUCGCGGCCCUGAAAGCGCCAGUUCCGCUUCCGCCAGCGCUGUGGAGGCGGCGCGGGAGGUGCUCUCCCCUCUCCCUCACCCUUUUCCCCCCUUCCCCCGGCCGUGGAGGCUCCGCGAGCCCAGUCCCGGCGAGGAGGCCGUGCCAGUGACCACCAUGGCGGCGGAGUCGGUCCUGGAAGUGGUGGAGAGGCUGCAGUCGAGACUGGCCGGGAACCCUGAGCCGAAGAAGCUACUAAAACAUCUGAAGAGACUCUCAGAUUUACCCAUCACCGUCGACAUUCUUGCGGAAACGGGUGUUGGGAAAACAGUGAAUGGUUUGCGGAAACAUGAACAAGUAGGAGGUUUUGCCAAGGACUUAGUGGCUCGAUGGAAGAAGUUAGUUCCUGUAGCCCAGGAGGUUGAAAGGAGUGUUGAACCUGAGGAGCAAGACCUUGAGAGAAGUAGCUCUAGAAAACGUCCCCGAGAUGUUUUUCCCAAGGAGGAAGAAGUGGAGGGGGCCUAUCGGGAAAGCUGGAAGGCCUCUUGUAGCCGACCACACAGUCCUGAGUGCCGAGAGAAAAAGCAUCGGAAGCUCUCAGAAUUUGAGAGGACGCUCAAGGCAAGAGAUGAGAGAAAGCGAUGGGACAGAACCUCCCCAUUCUACACCUCAGAUCAUGAGUUAUCAGACAGUAGUCAUGUUCACUCACCUCAGCCUACAACAAGCCCUCAGCAGUUUUCCAUGGACUAUGAUCAACCCCAAGAAGAAGAGGAAGAACAGCUGGUGUCACAUCGGAAGGUUGGCAAAAGCCACGGUCAUGUCUUUCAGGACCGAGGGGUAAAUAGCCAAGAGAGAUGCUUGGGUGAGCCCCAGGACAGAGUCUCUGCUAGCCGGAGCAAAGAGCACAAGACUUCACAGAAGGAAAAGCAUCGAUUAGAUACAAAAGAGGAGAAGACCUUUACUUUGGGCCGAGAAAAAGUGACUAAGGCUGCUUCCCGAGAGGAGGGGCGAAGAUCACCCUUAGGAACCAGUACCAAGGAGAAGCAGGCACUGUCUGGUGCUGCCAGGAGAGAGAGGGACAAAGAGGGCAGCAGUAGCAAAAAGAAGAGUUUCCCUUCCUUGGAAGGAGCUUCUGUCAAUCAUAUGAAAAAAGCAAAGCACAAGGAUGCACAGAAAUCCAAAUUGGAAAAGACCAAGCUCAGUGUGGACAGUUUUGAUGUAGGAAAAUGGGAGGGAGAAUUUUCUCCUAAGUCAAAAGGAAAAGGAGGGUCUAACAGCUUAAAGACAAGGGAAGGGAAAUCUAAAGCUUCUGACUCAGACAGAAAAACAUCAGGCCACUUUCCAGGGGCUGGGGAGACAGAUGUGGAUGAUGACUAUGAACAGCCCACCAUGUCUUUUGAAUCUUACCUCAGCUAUGACCAACCCCAGAGGAAAAAAAAGAAAGUGGUUAAAACUACAACUGGGGUUCGUACAGAGAAAAGCCACAGUAAGCAGAACGGUUCCAAAGCUGAUCAUAAAAACUCGAAUAGUGCAGUUCAGAAACUCCCUAAGAUGAAUGAGAGCAAGGCAGAAAAGCAACAUUCUGGAGCCAGCUCAGCCAAACUCAAAAAGAUCUCCCCUGACGUGACGCCAACAUUACCAGACAUCCCUUUGCCCACAAUUCAGGCCAAUUAUCGUCCACUUCCUUCUCUUGAACUGAUUCCUUCCUUUCAGCCAAAGAGGAAAGCAGUCUCCUCACCCCAUGAAGACGAGGAAGCUGGAUUUACUGGGCGGAGGAUGAACUCAAAAAUGCAAGUCUAUUCCGGUUCCAAGUGUGCCUAUCUCCCCAAGAUGAUGUCUUUGCACCAGCAGUGCAUCAGAGUCCUCAAUAAUAACAUAGACUCAAUCUAUGAAGUUGGAGGUGUUCCCUAUUCUGUACUUGAACCAGUUUUGGAAAGAUGUACUCCUGAGCAACUCUAUAGAAUAGAGGAGUGCAACCAUGUAUUAACUGAAGAGACUGAUCAGCUGUGGAAGAUUCACUGUCAUCGAGACUUUAAGAGAGAGAGACCAGAGGAGUUUGAGUCUUGGCGGGAGAUGUAUCUUCGGCUCCAAGAUGCCCGGGAGCAGCGACUGCUCCUCUUGACAGAGAACAUUCGAUCUGCUCAUGCCAACAAGCCCAAAGGUCGACAAGCAAAGAUGGCCUUUGUAAACUCUGUGGCCAAGCCACCUCGUGAUGUCAGAAGACGACAGGAGAAAUUUGGUACUGGAGGAGCAGCUGUUCCAGAAAAAAUCAAGAUCAAGCCUGCCCCAUACACUUCAAAUAGCAGCUACGCCUGCAGUAGCAGCAGCAGUGUGGGCAGCGUCGGGGGCAGCUACAACAGUGCUGAAGACGGACAGCCAUAUGAUGGCCCGAGCACCAGCAGUGCUCACUCGGUCUCCUCAGCAGUCAGCAGCACAGUGUCUUAUGAUCCUAGGAAACCACCUGUGAAAAAAAUUGCCCCAAUGAUGGCCAAGACGAUCAAGGCGUUUAAGAAUAGAUUCUCCCGGAGAUAAAACCUUCCUGGAAGAAGAGAAGGGAGGGAGGGAAGAGGAAGAGUGAACCUCACAGUGAAGUCUAGGAUAUUUUGCUCCAUGGAGCCAGUCGCUACCACACACAUCUCUAAAACCUGCCCAAGGAUUGACAGAACCAUUUCUCCAGGUUUAGUGCCUGUAAACUACCUGCACACAGCCCCUGCCUCCCUGCCGAGAGAGCACUUGAGACUUUAUAAGGAAAGAUGUGAAGCCUUGGGACUCCCGAGGAUUUUAAGGUCAAUUCAACCUUGUUAGCAAACCUCUUUGUAAACUAUGAAAAAUAGUUUUAAUUAAUAAAUAUUUCCCCAGAUUGUAUUUAUAAUACCCCCAGUAUUUUUUCUUCUUCCUCCACUUUCUCUGUCUCUCAGUCUCUUCCUGCUUUUUUUCCUCCACCCUUCUCUCACCCUGCCCCAUUUCUCUCACCCCCUUCUCUCUCUCUCACACCCUCCUUUAUAUUGUUUUAGGCUGCUUUCUUUCCUAGCACUAGGACAGGAUGCAAGUCUAGUCAAGGCCAGAAAAUGCCCUGAACUCAGCCCAGUCACACCACCUCUUCUCAGGGUGGGAUGCUGUUCCAAAAGGAAGACUAGGCCCCCUCCCACCCCACCCUCACCCCCAUUAGGGACCUCCUUUGGUGCCUGUUGUGUGUUGGAAAAGCCUUGGGAGUCUUGGGAUGCUCUCCCUUACAGGACAGUUUGUCUCUCUCUGAAUAGCUCUCAGAUUUUGAAAACUGUUAAUGUGUUCUUGUUUGUUAACCCCAGGUGGGAGAUUUUCCUGGUGUUGCUUUUCAGUUCCUGUACAGAUGCUUAUCUUGUGUUUUCACUUAACUGUUAUCAUCAAAUAGUAUUUAUUAAGGCGCUUAUUUGGAAAAGCGAGGGACUCUUUCCUCAACUCUCUUGAUCUGUCCUGUUGUGCUUUAUUUGAGUAUUAGUGCAAGACCUACAUCCUGGGGGAGAAACCUUGAUUUGCACAGCCUGUCCCUUCCUGUUCUUCCAUUUUCCCCAACCCACCCACCCAAGCAAUUUCAGAAUUUUCUAUUCUUGCCUCAAAUAGUUUUAAAAGAUUUUUUUCUUUUCACUCCUCCUCUCCCCACUGAAGGGUGGAAACAGGCAGCUACUUGUUUCCAGAUUUCAUAUAGCCCAGGAAAAGAUUUCCUGUUUUUUUUUUUUAAAGUUAGGCACUUUAAUCUCUUUGCUCCCUGUGAAUUAUUGCUGGAAGCGAAUGGUUUUUAAAAGAGAGCAGUGUGUUUGGAGGUAAGUUUAAAAAGAAAAUGGUAAGAUCAUGUGUUAGAAGAGCACAGUAGCUUUCAGGAUUUUCUGGAAAGUUUUAGAGCUCACAUGGUCAACACAUACAUUAGAAGCCUCUGCUUUUGGAGGGAAAGAUUUGACUAGAGUGGGACCUUGACUGCCCCUUUCUUUGUCAGUAAACCAAAAGGAGAAAAGGAAUCUGGCACUGGAUGCCACCAACGUCAUGCUGAAUAGACAUUCUAGCAAAUAGCUCAAACUGAAAUGUUGGAGGAGUUGAAUCAGGGACUCUGUAGAGUCAAACCAAGGAGCCUGCUGCCUGAAUGCCACAUAGGAGUUAGACUUGAAAGCAGGAACUUGCACAUUUGGCUGCUACAAGCCUAGCCCAAGAAGCCCCAAGAUCAUCCCGAGGAGCCUGCUUUGUUGCAAGGCACACUGUAGCAGCAGCUUCCUCUGCCCUCUCCCCUGCCCCCAUCUCCCCUUAACCAUGGGCCCCAGCCUGGGAAGGCCGCAGGGCCAGACCUCUUUCCAAAGCACUCUGAAACACCCUGGAAGCUGCCAUGUUUUCUGGGUUGGAGGUUCCAGACAAGUGAGCAUUGGGCCAAGGUGCGGAGCUCUGGGUGCAUGUGCCUCUAAGCCACGCCAGUGGUGACUGCAUCAAUAACCUCGGCACAGCCUUCGAGGACAACAAGGUAUUUUCUGCUGUUUCUCCUCCACACCUUUCCCCAUCCCCAUCCUUUAUCUGGCACAGUCUCAAACCAGAUGAAGCUGGGGAUCAACCUGGAGAUUACAGAGGCAAGAUAGGUCACCCUCUGUGUCCACCAUCCUUGGUCUGUUUUUAACUGUGCGUUUUUGGGGUUUUUACCACUGAAACUAUUUUGUGACGUCAGAGAUUCAGUUGGGUCUGUAGGAAGUUCCUUUAUCUGUGGCUUUAGAAAAGGGAGGGAAUUAAGGGGAUUCAACCUAUUGGAUGUUGGAUCCCUCCAAUAUCUACUCCCAUUUGUCCCAUUCUCAUGUACACUGCUGGGCCAUCCUGCCUCUCCUGAGUAUUUCUGAGACAGGAAUCAUGCCCGGAUGGAAGGGGGAGGGUGGGAAGGGCAUGCAAAGUAUACAUAGCCUCUUCUGCUAAUGGUGAAAAAAAAAGUCCAGCUUCUCAGCCUUUCUGAUCCUUCACUUGUGCAAUUUCAAAUGUUCUGUGCUACACUACGUGCAGCCCACCAAACUAAUCCUUUGUGAUCUUUGGUGUGUGUAAUGAGUGGUUUCUUGGGGGCUUUGGUUUUUGUUUGGGGUGGGAGGGAAGGGGGUCAGGUGUUGGCCUGCUCUACAUUUGUAUUUUGGUCCCCAGAUGUAAAUAGAAUUUUCUAUGUUACUUUUUUGUGGUAACUACCAAGAUGAAUAUUUUAAUUAGAUAAGUUAUAUGAAAAGGAACAAAAAUUCCAUGUCUCAAUAAAAAGAAAACACUGGA